GGGUGGAGGAGCGGUCGGGAACACGUCCGGACGCCAGGAGUGGUGGGACCCUAUAUAUGGCCUUGGAAAAAAAAACAUAAUAAAAGAAGACUUCCAUAAUCUCCGGAAUGGAGCGUUCAGCACUGAAGCACAGUGUCAACUCUACCUUCAGGUUGAAUGGAUACACUCUUAAAAACGAUGCGGCCAACUAUAUCGUGGAGGCGCUGCUUCAGGUGGGGGAGCAGCAGAGGCAGCUGUGGAUGGACAAGAUCCUGGCCACUGUGCAGAAACAGCCGCUCGACACGGCCAUCAUCGGCCGGGACCUGGUCCGCGACGUGCUGCAGAACUGCAUCCGGGAGACGCGCGGGGAGGUGGACUUCUUCAUGGUGUUCGACGCCUUCAGCGUGCCCGGCUUCAGCUACUGCGUCAACAAGCAGAAGUUCCUGAAGGACGAGCUGCUGGGUCUGCCGGCCGGCUCUGUGCUCCCCGACAGCGUCGCACCCAAGGCGGAGGUCUUCAGAAAUCGGUACCACCUGAUCCACCAGCGGUGUCUGCGGAACGAGCUGUUUGGCGGCACGGACGCCAGCGGCGGCGGCGGCGGCCGGCGCCGCUUCCGUCUGCAGCCGGUCGAGCUGCUGCUCGGCUCGACCUCCCGGCUGGAGGACGUCCUAGUGCUGGGCAUGCUCACCCAGCUCACCGAGGGCAAGUUCUUCCUGGAGGACCCCACGGGCGCCGUGCAGCUGGACCUCGAGCACACCAAAUUUCCGGUGGGAAUGUUCUCCGAAGGGUGUUUCGUCCUCUGUGAGGGCAGCUACGAUGACAACAUCUUCACCUGUUCCGUCAUGGGCUUCCCACCGGCCGAAGACGCGGAGACAUUCCGAAAUCAUUUCGGAAACCAGAACAUGUUUGGUGGCUCGAACCACAUAUGCGCUCGAGCAAACACAGAACUGCAGUCUGUAGAGAAAGAGCUAGAUGGCAGCAUGUUUGUCUUCCUCUCAGACAUGCUCCUGAACCAGCCGCAGGUGAUGGACCGACUUCGGAGACUGCUGGACGGCUUCAAACACUCGCCGCCCACGGCCUUCGUCAUGAUGGGCAACUUCACGGACGCGCCGCGCGAUGCCAACAGCUACCGCGAGCUGCGCAAACACUUCACGACCCUGGCGGAGAUGAUCACCAAGGUGCCGGAGCUGCGGGAGUCUCGGUUCGUGUUCGUGCCCGGCCCGACCGACCCGGGCAUCGCUCCUAUCUUGCCCAGACCGCCACUCUCCGCCUACAUAUCGGAGGAGUUCCGCAGACGAGUGCCCAACUCAGAGUUCACCACCAACCCGUGCCGGAUACAGUUCUGUACCCAGGAGAUGGUCAUAUUUCGGGAGGACGUGCUCUCGAAGCUGUGCAGGCACGGCAUCUACUACCCGACCGAAAACUGUCCCGACAUCCCGCCGCACUUUGUCACCACGCUGGUGUCGCAGUGCCACCUGGCGCCCCUACCGCCGCACAUCUGCCCCGUGUACUGGCAGCACGACCGGGCCCUCCGACUCUACCCGCUGCCCGACGUGGUGGUGUGCGCAGACAAGUUCGAUCAGUACACCAUCACCAAGCUGGGCUGCACGGUGCUCAACCCGGGCUCUUUCCACAAGGACUUCAUGUUCAAGGUGUACCUGCCCAGCACACGGACGUGCGAGAACUCUCAGGUGGGCGACGACAGCUGAUCCCUCAUCCCCUACUAUCGGUUAGAGUCUCAAUGUCGCCCAUUACGCCAGAUCAGCGAAGUGUUGGAUGCUCACAGUGUGCCUUAUAUGGAAGGCACAAGGGUUUAUGCAUCCUAGCGUCUUCAUGCGUCACACGCAGGCUAACCCGGGUAUAGCCUGGUUUCUACGUCCGUAUGAGAGGAGAAUUGGCUAUGCGCCAUGCAUUCAGAGGCCAGCACGCAGCGGCAGACGCGCACAAGUCAUAGGUACUACGUCUGACGGGCGACUGAAGAGCAGUUGCCGUGAAUAAUACCGUGAAUGGUAAAACGUAAAUGAUACCGUAAAUACACUGCUAUCACAGCGCGAUCUUGUUGGCACUAUCUUUUGCGACGAGCUGGUCCCGACGCUAGGUGCAGCGAUCCCGGCGGCACCGACACAUUUAACGGCGUACCACACUGCUUAUAGUGCCGGUAUCCCUUCUGGGGUGACUCCAGAAUCGGUGGGAGGCGGCAUCUCCCCGCCAGCCGCCAGAUGUCUCUGCUGUGGUGGCCACUAAGUCCUGUUGGACAGACCAAAAGCGUAUGCUUCUCUGUGUGAACGAUGUAUGUUUUUAGUGCAUUCGAAAUGUAUGUUUUUGUACGUGUGUAUUUCCUGUCGCCUUUAGAUGAUAUGUAUAAACGACUGAGGUGUUUGUGAGUAGUGAUUGAGAGGUAUUGUUUAAAAUGAACGAAAUACAUACGACGUACUUUGA